AUGGCGUCUACGCCCAACCGCUGCACUAUCUCGGAUGCUUGGGGUUGGAUGGCUCAUGUGUGUUAUCUGCUCCGCUCGUGGCCUUCCCUCGACACCCGAAGGUACCUGAACAUAAACGAGCUCACCACGCUGCCUGAGGGAAUCUUCGGGGGUCUUACGGCCUUGCAAACACUGUUUCGAGCUCAUGUGUGUUAUCUGCUCCGCUCGUGGCCUUACCUCGACACCCGAAGGGACCUGCGCUACAACGAGCUCACCACGCUGCCUGAGGGAAUCUUCGGGGGUCUUACGGCCUUGGAAACGCUGUGCCUGAGCUACAACGAGCUCACCACGCUGCCUGAGGGAAUCUUCGGGGGUCUUACGGCCUUGGAAACGCUGUACCUGAACAUAAACGAGCUCACCACGCUGCCUGAGGGAAUCUUCGGGGGUCUUACGGCCUUGCAAACACUGUACCUGUACCGCAACGAGCUCACCACGCUGCCUGAGGGCAUCUUCGGGGGUCUUACGGCCUUGGAAACACUGUACCUGAACAUAAACGAGCUCACCACGCUGCCUGAGGGAAUCUUCGGGGGUCUUACGGCCUUGCAAACACUGUACCUGAACAUAAACGAGCUCACCACGCUGCCUGAGGGAAUCUUCGGGGGUCUUACGGCCUUGCAAACACUGGACCUGCACCACAACGAGCUCACCACGCUGCCUGAGGGAAUCUUCGGGGGUCUUACGGCCUUGCAAACACUGUAA